UGGGGGAGGAGGAGAAGACAAUCUGGUAUAUGUUCUUUUUUCGAGUUUAUGUUGCUUAACUCAAAGCUUCUAGUUUGUUCCAUUCCCUAAAUGCAAGAUAGAUAAUUUUCAAGCAACUCUUGUUGGCAAAUUAUUAACCUCCCCAUUUGAUCUACCAAAUUGGGUGUAUAAAAAGACCUCUGGACUUUCCCAGGAGAACAGAAAGACAGGAGGGUGAGGGAAGAGACAAAGCUCAUGGCAGGCAAAGUUUCUGUAAGACAUGUAUUCUGGGAGUGGAAAGCAACUCACCACAUAUCCUUAAUCACUAACUUAUCCACUUAUUUCAGGAUAUUAAUCAUUGCUUAUUCCAGGUGAAUUCGGGCAUGGCUUCUGUCUUCAAGAACUUGCCAAUCACUGGCAAAACCUGUCGGUGGCCCCAUUCUAGUUUCACCAGUGAGAUAUCCUCUACCAAAAUGACCCUCAAGGACCACGGGCUACAUUUCUUCCGCAGUGCUGUUGGUACAGUCCUGCCGGGACCCAUGCUGAAAAGGGCCUUGGUGCUAGAAUCAGGGGGAUGCCCCAGACUUUUGCUGCACGGUCGUCCUUUUGACCUGAGGAGAAAUCUGUACCUGGUUGGCUUCGGGAAGGCUGUUCUGGGCAUGGCAGCAGUGGCUGAGGACAUCCUUGGAGACUACCUCACUCAGGGAAUAAUCAGUGUUCCUCGAGGCAUCCAAGAAACUCUGCAACAUGUGGGAAUGAGGGAAAUGUUGUUGAAGCCACAGAGCCGAAUCCAAGUCAUGGAAGGAGCCCAGUACAACCUUCCUGAUAAAGAAGCUUUGGAGGCGGCCAGAGCCAUCUUGGAUUUAGCCAAGAGUCUAACAGCAGAAGACCUUCUCCUGGUGCUGAUUUCAGGAGGUGGGUCUGCCCUUUUACCUGCACCUAUCCCUCCUGUCACCCUCGAAGAGAAGGGGACCAUCACCAGGUUACUGGCUUCAAAAGGAGCCACCAUCCAAGAGUUGAAUACCAUUCGAAAGGCGCUCUCCUUGUUAAAAGGUGGGGGGCUGGCACAGGUGGCUCAUCCUGCCCAGGUAUUGAGCCUCAUCCUCUCUGAUGUCAUUGGGGAUCCACUGGACAUUAUAGCAAGUGGCCCAACUGUUGCCAGUUCUCACAGCAUGCAGGACUGUUUUCAGAUACUGGGCAAGUAUGAUAUAUUGAAUAACUUGCCAAAGUCUGUGUUGACAGUCCUCUCUAGCUCUGUCACAAAGCAUAACACUCAGCAAGACUAUUCCCAUGUCUACAAUGUUGUGAUUGGAUCCAACAGACUAGCUUUAGAGGAAGCCAAAUGCCAGGCAGAAAAGUUGGGUUACCUGACUAUACUUUUGAGUGAUGCUGUGUGUGGGGAGGUCAGCGCUGUUGCCCAUCUCUAUAGUCUAUUGAUUCAGUUUGUUUGCUUGAGCCUUAUGAAAGAUGCUGGGAAUAGACCUUUAAAAGACACUGUGAAAGAAAUGCUCGCAAGCUUUGCAGGACAGCUGGAGAUUCCAGUCUUGAACCUUACAGACACUCUAACAACUCUGAAAGAACCCCAUGCGGAAAACCCCAUUUGUCUUCUGGCAGGUGGAGAAACCACUGUGCAUCUUCAAGGAAGUGGGACAGGUGGGAGGAACCAGGAACUGGCUCUGCGAGUGGCCUUGGAGCUGCACAGAGUGAAAUCCACUGUAGAGGGAAGCUUUCUUAAUAAAUACGAAGUCAUGUUUUUGAGUGGUGGAACUGAUGGACAAGAUGGGCCAACAGAGGCUGCUGGGGCCUUCUGCAGCCAGGAUCUGGUGGAGGAGGCUGAGCAGGAAGGCUUUGAUGUGGAAAACCUGUUGUGCAAUAAUGAUUCAUACACAUUUUUCACCAAGUUCCAAAAUGGACAUCACCUUUUGAUGACAGGCCUGACAGGCACAAAUGUCAUGGACAUUCACACUGUGUUAAUCAGAAUCCGAAGCACUUAGUGAUGCAACAGACAUUUAGCUGUUUUUAUUAAGAAGGAAUCUGUGGACCACCUGAAUGGAGUGUCUCUGUCCGAGCUGUUGAUAUCAAAGGCCUGAUGGAAGUUACUGAGAGACCAGUGAGGGAUGCUUGUUGUCCUUAAUUAGACCAGGAAAACAGCUGCUUGAAACUAUCACAAUUAAUUUUUGAUAACAGAACUUUGUUUUUUAAUUAUUUUAAUUGAUUUUCAUAAGAGCUACAGUAAUAAGGAAAAUACAUUUAAAUGCCUGUACAUUUAGAGGAUAGUAAUAUAACAGUAAUGGCCGUGAAGGCACAAUACAGCAAUAAAAGUGAUAAUGGGUCUGUAUAUUUAAACAAAUACUAUUAUAUUGGAGCAGCCAUGAAAUUGUACAAAAAUGGUAUUGCCAGUUUAAACAAGAAAUGACCUUUAGCAAUAUUUUGACAGAUUAUUUCAACAGUCCUAACUUCUGUAUGAAUAGAGGUCUGGAUAGACCUCUGCCUCUUUGCUGUAAUCUGCUUUAAAGGCUUGUGAUUUAGGUAAUCAAGAACAUUCUUUUUUUUUCUGAGAAAGCAAAUUAUAAUAAUAUUAAUAUAGGGUACAAUCCAAUGGGAGCUAGAUACCACACGUAUCAUUAGAAUUCCAGGGGGAGGGGGUAAGAAAGAAAUCCAAAAUCUACUAAGGAGAUUUUUUUUCUCCAUUAAGGUUAAAUCAGCAUAUCAUUAUACAGAAUGAAUAUAGUGAAGGUUAAUAGUAUUGUCUACACUGAGCCUUUGUGAAAGCACAGAUGAAAUAGUGUAUGUUUUGUCUUGAGUAUAUUGCAGACAUGAUUCUUGUACCCAAAGCUAUAUUUUCAUAUAAACUCACCAGGACACAGUCUUUAGGAGUGUGAAGAAUCCCUUUGAUCAGUUGUGAAUGGACCAGGCAUUAAAACAGGAGCUAUCAUGGUAGGACACAGGGCUCCUUAACACAAAACUCUAUUCAGUCUUACUGGAUGUCAUCAAGAUGCCACCUUAAUUUCUCAAUCUUCUGUUGCCUAAGUUUGAUUAUAGAUCCACAUCUUUUGAAAUUGUACCCUUGUCAGAUGUUAAAAAUGAGUUUGUCUCACAGGGGGGCUGCUUCCCCCCCACCCAACUUUCAGGCAUGUGAUGUUAUUCUCUUUCAGGCAUCUAGAAGUACAUAGUGUAUGUCUGUAGACUGGGGGCUUUAUUUUGUUUUUGCCUGUAUAGCUGUUGACUCAAAGGAUUCCACGCAAGCAGGAACUGUGAUAGGGCAAGGCGCUUGCUCACAUGGGGUUCUUCAUGCACAUGGGGAGCUUUCCUCUCCUUCAGACUUCAUGAACAUAGAGACAUCGUAGUAAGAGAAUCAGACAUGACAUUGGGAGGAAAGGCUGGUUUCAUAUGGAAGCAAUACUGUGAUAACAUUGUAACUCUUUUCCCCAUGGAUUUGCUCUAGUUUCUGAAGCUAAUGCAGUGCAGCUUACGUUUUAUGUAUCAUUCCAAAAUAAAACAUUUUCUUUAAGAAUGUUUGUUAGACUCUGCCAUGUGACCUUGGAGCAUCAAGCCUAAAUCCAUAUACCAGAUGAUUUUCUCCUACCAUAUCUGAAAACUCCUAACACAAAAGCUUCAGAUCAGUGAUCUCAAGUUUGCAUUAGCUAUGUACUCCUGGUUUCCCAACAUGAAAAAGCAGCUUGUCAUUGUAUGUUAACUUAUCCUAGCGUGAACUGAGAGCUCCAAGUUUCCUUUCUUCAGUUAUAGGGUCCACAUCUAAUGAAGUUGGAACUGAGAAUCUAAUUUCCAUCAAGUUCAGGCAGGAUAUGCAUUUUCUUAACACCUGACCAUUUCAGUAUUAGCGCCUGUUAUUGGAAGAAGAGUCUGAAAAAUAGGCUAGAUGUGCUGAAACUAAUGUAACCUUGACCUUGCUCACCUUUUGUAAUGGCUUUUUCUUGCUGAUUGAUAAUUUCAUGGGGGAAUGCAUUGUGCAGAAUGGAAGCUGCAAGCAUUUUACGUAUUAUUUCACCAUUGACUGGAAAACAAUGGAGCCUCAGGUUUGUGACCUUUCUAACUGUAUCAAGCCAGAAGUCACUGUCACUCCGAUUAACUCCUCUAAUCCCAGAGAACAAAGACAAGAAAGCCCUAUGCAGGCAACUGUUGCCAAUUUGCUGCAUUGCAAAAUGUAGCCCACUAUUGGAGCAUCAUCACCAAGUUCAUCUGUUCGUUUGGAUAAGUUGAACAAAAUAGGUUUUGAUCAUAUAUCAUCAUGACUUACGAUAUAUGAUAAUGACUUAUGUGAAGGUCACCCAAUAUGAUUCAUCUGAGCUAAAUAUUGCUGUUUCUUCUAGUAGAAUGGGUGAAUUAGAAUACCAAUCCAUUUUUAAAUAAGUCCUAUGGCAUCUUAAUGACUACAGUAAAUUUAGUAUUCCAUAAGUUAACCAUAACUUAGUUUUUAAGUUACUACAAAAUUCUGUCCUUGUUUUGCAGCAAACUAAAAUGGCUGGCCCUCUGGAACCCUUUCUUAAAUAUGUAUACAGAGUAAUUUUAUGAUCCUGGGGAACCAUAGGCUUGAUCAAAUCCCACUUAAAUUAAAAGGAGGAAAUUUAUAUUUGAUUCCCUCUCCCACUGACUCCACAUUGGACUCUUCCUUAAUCAAACCUCCCAAACGUGGAAAACCCUCAAAGAUUUGCUGGGUCCUAAGUCUCCCUGAAUUUCCAUCAGGCUAACUAGC